ACUUGAUCCUGAUAGUACAGACACAGAUGACUUCAAUUGACUUGCAGUUCCCCACGAGUAACAAACAAAGACGCGGAAGUGAUAUUAUCUAACGUUAUUUUCGCAGGUGUUAUUUUCUCCAUACACUCUCCUGUUGAUUUCCCGGAGGUUUGAAGGUGUCAUAGUUUUAUUUUCAUUUAGUACUGGUGUGACGAGGCCAAGCAGGAUGGUGCCAGACGGGAAGGACUCUUUCAGGGUGCACGAGGCUAGCUACGAGGGCAGGUACGAGGUGGUAAAGGCGAAGGUGCUGGCCAACCCUCGCCUCAUCACCGUCAUGGACGACAGUGACCGUCAAGCCUUGCACUGGGCAGCCUGUGGAGGACACGCAGAGCUGGCCAGCUUCCUCAUAGAACAGGGAGCAGAAGUGGACAAACCAGAUGAUUCAGGGUGGACGCCGCUCAUGAUAGCCGCCUCAGCCGGACGCGAGCAAGUGGUGAGGUUGCUGAUUGGGCGCGGCGCCAACGUCAAUGCACAGAACGCAGGUGGUCACUCACCUCUCCAGUACGCUGCCUCCAAAGACCAUCAUGAGAUUGCAAAAAUAUUGAUGGAUAAUAUGGCUGACAUAAAUCUGCCUGACAAAAGAGGUGCCACGCCCCUGCACCGCGCCGCCUCCAAGGGCAACAUCCAGUCUCUGUCGGUUCUUCUGGCUAAUAACCAGUGUACUCUCAACUUACGUGACGCUGAGGGCAACACCCCGCUGCACCUUGCGUGUGAGGAGAAUUCUGAGACGGCAGUUAUGCUUCUUCUUGAGCAAGGUGCGAGAACUGACAUAGAAAACAACGAGGAAAAAACUGCUAGACAAAUGGCCACCAGUGUGGGAGUCAGAAGGCUCUUUGCUCAUGAUACUUAAUUAAUCUUAAAAAUGGAGUUUGUGUUGGAGGGCAGUGUUUAUUAAUGCCUUGACUGCGGAUUUCCUACAAGAAGACAUCAGCAAGCUACAGGAAUGGAACAAAUGAAGAAAGAUGUAAAGUCAUGCACCUUGGGAGGGGAUAUCCAGCAUACCAAUACCACAUGGGAAACACUCCACUAUCCACCACAGAGGCAGAGAAAGACCUGGGACUAAAUGUUACCAGGCUACCAGUGAAGGCAAAUUCCGUGCCAUUCGCAGCGGACAAGUUAAGGGCCCUUUUCACAGUUCGCCAUGACGAGUUAAUAAGCCUGCCAGCCAGUACCAAAGACUCCGAAAAUUCCUUGUGUAGUGUUUGGUGUUUAUGUUUAAGUUCGGAAAUUUGAGGAAACUGUACGGGGAACCUCUUGUAUCAUGUGUUGCACCAAUAACCUAACCAUUGUGGAGAGUAGAAGAUUGAAGAAUUUGGUUCGGACAAUUACAAAGCUACUGUGUUGAACUGAAAUUGACUAAGUAUGAGUACAAUGCAGAAAUAGUUGAUUUGAGAGGUGGAAACAUUAGAGAAUAUUGACUUUUAAGUGAGAGAGCAAAAUUAGAAAGGGGAAAGAGAAAGAAAGGAAGAAGGUAGGAAGGCAAUAGAAAGAUAAAAAGAAGUGGAGAACAUCCCCAGGAUUCACGCACGUUCUCCUUGUUUUAUUCUUGGUGGGGACGCAGUAUAUAGUAGUAGGAUGUAUUAAAAAAAAAGUCUUUCAUUUCAUCUGUCCACCAGCAAAGCGGGAUUUUUGACAUGUGGCACCUGUGUAUUUCUAGUUAAUGAAUAUAUAAAAAAAAAGUUGAAGUACUAUUAGAUCUUAAUAAGCUGCAGUAUAUUCGAGCCAUUAUGGUGGAAGAAUAGAUAGAUAGAUAAAUAAGAUAGAUAGAUAGUAGUAGUAGUAGUAGUUGACAUCAAAGUUCUGAAAAAAUAACGAGAGGUGGAAACGCUUAAGAAUAUCAACCUUUAAGUGAGAAGCAGAAAUAGAAAAGGAAGAGAGAAAGGAAGAAGGUAGGAAGGUAAUAGAAAGAUAAAGAGAGAUAGAAAAAGAGAUAUCAACGUUCUGGAAAAAAAUAGCGAGAGAAUUCUUCAGCCAUUUGAUCGAGUUCUUAAAAAUAUGCAGCAAGAGUGUAUGUCUAUUUAGGUACCUUAAUAAACAGUGUGGGAUCUUUUAUAUCCUUCGCCUUUGAUGAUUUCCCUCAAUUUUAAUGAUCUACACCCAGAAAUCUUAACUUCUUUUUCCAGAAACAUUGUAGAGCAUCAACGUUUCACCACUCAUACGUAAUUAUACUCACUAGACAAGUAAGACCAUUCUGUAUAAUCUGUAUCUUCAUAAAACCAUUCACUGAC